GUAUUUGUAGCUAAUGACAGUUAAUCAAUUUCUUACAGGCAUUGAUUCUUCAGCCAGAUGACAAAAAUUGUCUGGUUGCCAGAUCCAAAUGCUAUGUGAAGAUGGGAGAUUCUGAUAAUGCACUGAGGGACGCAGAGGCCUCUCUCAAGGAGGACAAAGAAUUCUUCAAGGUGCAAUUUAAACUUUGGUCAUCAUUUAUACAAGCCUGUUCUAUUUUUAGCCUUUGGCUUUAUUGUGUAGCAGUCAUUGUAUUAUCUCUCAGCCAGUGUUUGCCAUUAUUGAGGGAAGCUUUGUAUUGUCUGUUUUGAUUGGAACGAAACAGCUGUAUCCCCCUGUCAGCCAGCUACUGUACUUGGCCAGAAAUUAAAAGCUUUUAUUUUAUUUUCAAUGACCACUAGGGCACACUGUUAUUUCUGAUUAGUAAUUAUUUCCCAAGCAAAACCCAUUGAUUUAUUUGUAUACCUCAUUUUCCAGGGUUUGUAUCAGAAAGCUGAAGCUUUAUACACCAUGGGAGACUUUGAGUUUGCGCUGGUGUUUUACCACAGGGGGCACAAACUGCGGCCAGAGCUGCAGGAAUUUAGACUGGGAAUCCAGAAGGCCCAAGAGGCUAUCGACAACUCUGUGGGCAGUAAGUACUGGGUCAAAAUAUAUUUUUGUAAAAGACCAACAGAUUCAGUACCUCAUUGUUCUCAUAAUGCAGUUGUUGUACGUUUUGCAUAUAUUUUUCUAAAUCUCUUAUCUUUCCACCACAUCAGGCCCCUCAUCUGUGAAACUGGAAAACAAGGGGGACCUGUCCUUCUUCCACAAGGCAGAUGAGGUGAGUCAAUGGUAAAGUCUUGAGACGAUAAGAUGCAUCUUUUUCAUAAUUCCUCCCACCUCUUCAUGCAUGUCAUCCUCAUGAUGAGUUCUGUGUGUGGGAUUGAUUGGCAGGUGAAGAAGGGAUGGCCAAAGGGGCUUAUUCACCCCCUGAGAAGGGAGAUGAGGCAGCAGAACAAGAAGACACCUAAGAGUGAGAAGACAGCCAAGCAGCUUCUGGGAGAGCUCUACAGCGAUAAGGAGUACCUAGAGAAGCUACUGAAAGAUGAAGGUAGGACAGCCAAAAAUAUUUUCUUAGCCUGUUCCUGUAUUAUCACUCUUUCGUCUGAGUUUCAGUAGACAAGCAAUACACUGUCACACUUGGGGAGAUGCUCUUUUAUCACUUACCCUAUCUGGAGAAUUGGCCUCUACGUGUCCUUUGAUUUCCCUUACACAUUCAUUAUUAUCAGCAUGAAUUACAGAGCCCAGUGUGUGGUAAAGGGCAAAUAUUCCAGUAAAAACAAUGUCAUAAAUGGCCUCCAGACUUGGUGAAAGGUAAGAUGCGGGGUGGGGAGAGACUGCAGGACCUCAUCCUGAACUGCAUCAUCUAUCUGGACACACGCACUGAGUUCUGGCGCCAGCAGAAGCCCAUCUACGCGCGGGAGAGAGACCGCAAGCUCAUGCAGCAGAAGUGGAACAAGACCCGGCAGAACCCUCCCUCUGAUCCCACCCGUUUUGUACUCCAGAGCCUGGAAGAGAUUGAUGCAGGUAAGACAUAA